AUGUUGACGGUUGAGAAGCAGUGGAUUAACGUGCAGCAGAAGACCUUCACAAAAUGGUUGAAUGACAAGCUGAAGGCCAGGAGUUUGGCGAUCGAGGAUCUGGUUACCGAUCUCUCAGAUGGUGUCAUACUCAUCCAUCUCCUCGAGAUCCUUGGCGGGGAAUCACUUGGUCGAUAUGCGUCGAAGCCCAAGCUGCGGGUGCAGCGUUUCGAAAAUGUCAACAAAGGUCUGGACUUUAUCAAAGGGAGGAGGAUUCAGAUGACCAACAUCGGAGCGGAGGAUAUCGUUGAUGGCAAUCGCAAGAUCAUUUUGGGUCUAAUCUGGACACUCAUUCUUCGGUUCACCAUCAGCGACAUCAACGAGGAGGGUAUGACCGCCAAGGAAGGUCUGCUGCUGUGGUGUCAACGGAAGACGGCAUGCUACGACGACGUGGAGAUUCGAAACUUUUCCUCCAGCUGGAACGAUGGCCUGGCAUUCUGCGCUCUACUCGAUAUCCACCGACCCGACCUCAUCGACUUCGAUUCGCUGGAUAAGAAUGACCACCGCGGCAAUAUGAAGCUCGCAUUCGACAUUGCUACGAACGAAAUUGGUAUCCCCGAUCUGCUCGAUGUGGAUGAUGUGUGUGAUGUGCCACACCCCGACGAGCGUUCCCUGAUGACCUACAUUGCCUACUGGUUUCAUGCCUUCUCGCAACUGGAGAGAGUCGAGAACGCCGGUCGCCGAGUCGAGAAGUUCGUCAAUAACAUGCACGGAGCGUGGGAUAUGCAGUCUGGAUAUGAGCGCCGGAUGAAAGAGCUUCUCCGAUUGAUUCGAGCGCAGCGCGACCAAUGGCAGAACUCCUUCUUUGAGGGAACCUACAAGGAUGUCAAGGAACAAGCUGCUAACUUCUCGCUCUACAAGCGAAAUGAAAAGCGUCAAUGGGUGGCAGAGAAAUCUGACUUGGCUGCUCUGCUGGGCAAUAUCAAAACAAAGCUUGGGACGUAUCGAUUGCGAGCCUACGAGCCACCCAAGGAGUUGAGCUUGGAGACCUGUGACCAAGAGUGGGAAUGUCUGACCCGGGAUGAACACCAGCGCAGCCAGUUGAUCAACACGACCAUUCGGGAUAUCAAGAACGCCCUCCGAAAAUCAUUUGCAGACAAGGCAAAUGACUUUGCGUUGACGCUGAAGACGUUAUCUCUGGCCAUAUCUGGCCUGGAUGGAGAUGUUGAAGACCAGCUGGACCAUGUCCAGAAGUUGAACGAUAACCUGCCUCCCCUCGACGCCUUCCUCGAUACCAUUGCCGAACUAGACGAGCAGUGUGCCGAGGCCAAUAUCGAAGAGAAUGAUUUUACCACCUAUACCUUGGACGAGUUGUCAUAUGAGCUCAGCUUGGUGAAAUCCAGUAUCUCGAAGAAGCUGGCCUUCCUCGAGAACCAAAUGGUGGCUCGCAAUAUGACCAACUUGACCCCCAUCCAGCUAGAAGAGUUUGAGUCAGUCUUCCGCCACUUUGAUCGAGAUGCAUCCAACACUCUGCAUGAACUUGAAUUUUCUGCCGCACUCGCCAGUCUGGGACUGGUUUACGAUGAAGACGAGAUGCACCAGGUCUAUGUGGAGGUUUGUGGGGUAAACCGAUUAUCCCAAAAUGCCGGUGUCAGCUUCGAGCAGUUUAUUCGCUUCAUGGUUAGCGUGACUGAGGAUCAAAAUACUGCCGAGCAGGUAUUCCAAAGUUUCAGGGAGGUUGCUGAUGGCAAGCCAUAUGUCACGGAGCUCGAUCUCCAACAUUCACUCAUCCCCGACGAAGUCAUCGAACACCUGAUAAAGACUAUGCCCCAACAUGAAGGUCCAGACCUGCUCGAGGACCGUGAUCUUACCAAAUUCGACUACAUCAGCUUCAUGGAAAAGAUGAUUGAGGAUCAGAAAAAGAAUGGAAAGGACUGA